UUUUGUAAAUCGAAUUAUUCCAUUCAACUGAUUUUCGUGAACGAUGACUGCGCUGUCCUGUUUGAGAUUUUUCGCUUCCAUUAUAGAUUAUGAUCUUUAUUUUUCAUGAUGGCACAAUUAAAUUGGUGAUGUUACUUCAUGUCAAUAAUGCUGGUCCAUAGAGCUGCUGUUUUCAUAUGUGCAAUAGUGCUGCUAAUAGAUGUCGGCCACACCUCCUCCUUCAAAUCAAACUGCAGGCGGGAAGAUUUGGGAGAAAUCUCCCAAGACUGCACUUCACCGCAAUGCCUCGUAGCUCAAACGAAGAUAUAUAUAAAAAAUCCAUUGAAUGCCACGUAUGAUGCCGAAUUCUGCGGAUAUUCCUUCUCCACAAUGAGUGACGCCAGCUCUCUCCCCCACCCGAGCUACGCGCAAAUGGAAGAAAAGUUAAGAAAUUUUCCCCCGUGCACAAAAUACAAGAAAAUUCUUACCCUUUUCGACGAGACUGGAGCCACGCUCGACGGGCCUUACACGGAGGAGGUGAUAACCGCGCCUCAGGCACCCUCCAUUGAAAAAAUAACUAUCGAAGUUGAGAACCAAUCCCUCAAGGUUGUCUGGAAGCCCACUGAAUCAGCAUGUCCGAUAACUUCCUUCAGUUUAUCCUACAAGUUCACGGACCUGCAGAAUUUCAAUGAAUUCCACUGGCAAAAUAUUACAUUAGAAGCACCAAAAUUUGGUAUGAGUGAGAGCGACCAUACCCAUCAGGACACCGAAUACCACAUCCGUUCUCCCCAUGCCAAUGCACUGUAUCAGGUCUGCGUUUCAGCGAAUGUAGAGUUCGCAGAGAACCGAGAAAUUUCCUGUGCUAAAGUGAAAACUCCAAAAAGAGCGUUGCCAGCACCGCGGGACUUGAGGCUACUGGACAGCACCAGCACAUCCCUGACAGUGGCGUGGCAACCACCAGCCGGCCGUGAUGCGGAGGAAAUUCUUCAGUUGCCAAAGAACGCAAAUUUAGAUCGUCCAGUUGGUCUUAGUGAUGCAGUUGGUGACCCACUAACGUCCAAUGACCCACUUCUGUCCAAUGACCCACUUCUGUCCAGUAACCCUUUACUGUCCAGUGACCCACUGCGGUCCAGUGACCCAUUUCUGUCCAGAAACCCACAACGGUCCAGUGACCCACUUCUGCCCAGAGACGCACUUCUGUCCAGUGAUCCAUUACUAUCCAGUAACCCUCAACUGUCCAGUGAGCCGCUGCUGGCAAAGCCCACCAAUUACGAGAUCGAAGUAAAAGAAAUAAAUGCAUCGAAUGCUCCUGUCUUGAAAUAUCUUAUACCAGGAAAUUUAUUAACGUAUACAAUUGAGCAGCUGCAGCCCGAGAAGCAGUAUCAUGUUGGAGUCAGGGCUGCAUACGACGACGAGAUGGGAGAAUUCACGGGUGAAAUUUUUUCAACGAUGCCUAAAGUUGAAACGAGAACAACCAUUAAAAAUGAUCAACUUGGAGAAUAUACAGUCAGGACAGCAGCUAUACAGUCGGUCAGGGACGACGGUAACUGCGGCCAGGGCACGGUAAAUAGGUAUCAUGGAGUGCAGUUCAUUAUAGCCUUGGUCGUCACAAUGUUGAUGCCAGUCGAAUAAAUAAUUUUUUAAGCAGCAGGAACUGUAUUUGAUAGCAUGCUCGUGUGCGUUAAAUUUUGUAUUUGAGUUUUAUUUCUGAAUUUUCUUUACGAUCAGUAUUAGUUAUUUAAGCAUUCAUUUCUUGAGUUUUUGGUGAGGGAUUGAAGUCAAGGAGCUUCGAAAUUUUUUGGCCAAGAAAUCGUUUUUUUCCCAGGAAUUUUUCAGAUGUGGAUUACUUGAUGGGUUUUAUGUAAACAGAAUACAAGGUAAUAAAAGAACUCUUUAGUCUGAGAACAUUAUUUUAUUAGGCAGAAGAGUGUUUGUCAGAACUCGCCUAUGUAACAUAAUAGAUCAUUUAAACGUACAAAUGAAACAAUUUCUAUUGUACCAGCAGGUACACUGUGAGUGUUUUAUAAUGAAAUCUAAAUUUUGUGAUAAGAAGAAGAAAAAUUCCAGUUUAGAUAAACUGAAUUGCCCCAGUAGAUUGAUGGAAAAUGGCUCACGUCUUAUUCUCUAUGACCUAAAACAUAAAUUUUAUUCGCUAGAAGAACUGCAUAAAAGUUGAACGUGACACACACAACGGACGAAAACGAGCACAUUAUUUUCACACAUCACACAUGACUUCCUUCAUGUUUUUCUACAUUGUGAAGUCUUCGUCUUUUUUAUUCUAACAAUAUCUGAAAAGUGGGUAUUGAAGCGUUAGAAUUGUAGGAAAAUCGAAAUUUAAAUGUUGGACAUUUGAACAUGCAACACGCAUACGCUUAUAAAACGAGAGAUAUUGUAUGCUCUGAGAAGUAUUUAGAAGCUUUAAAAUUGUUAUUGAUAAAUAAGAUGAAAUGUGCGCUGAAUAACGAGUAAUUUUCAUACUGCUACAUAAAUGCGAGCAAGGCAACAAGUUGACAGCAAAUUCGGCAACAGUUUAUGAUUUUCGGCAACUUAACUUCCAUAAACAAAGUUAUAACGCAAUUUUCGAACUUGGCUUGAACUUAAGCUCAAAUUGAAUUGUAUCAUAAUUUUACUUUAAUCUUUCAAACAACAGUAUCCUAAUGUUCAGUUACUGUGUGUGUAUGUUAAUACAUAAUAAUGUUCAACUUAAAAAUUUCUACGUAAUGUCAUCGCUGUGUCUCAUAUGACAUCGUAUUUCAUAUAAAAUGAAUGUUUAUGUGUUAUAAAUUGUGAGUUUCAAAAAGCAACAUAUUUAGAAUGAUUAAAACCACAAAAUGUAUAUAGGGAGGCUAUGAUUAAAAAGCCCUAGUUUCCAAGAGCAAUAAUACUUUAAUUUAGACUUUACUUGCAAGUAAAUUUGAAUUAAAAAAUCAACUAAAAACUAAAUACUUGCUUCGGUCAUCAUGAUCGGCAGCUACAACAGACAACAUGAAAUUCACAACAUUCAAUGUGUGUCCAAUUAGAACAGGAAUUAUAAAUUUGAAAUGUUAAAUUCAGUAGGAACUAUUUCCACACGAAAUAAAAUGUGAAAGCAUGUGUCAGAAUGAACAAUUUCAAUCCAUCUUCAUCCCUUCUUAGCUUCACUAUACGAAAAUUAUUUAGAUGAAACUACUUCAAUUACUUACGUAUGUGACCUAACAAUUCAUAUUGAUACGAGAGAACGUCAAAAGAUAUAAAAAUUAGGGACGCGUUAUAAAGUUAGCCAUAAUCUAGUUACGUAGAAAUUGGACAUUGCCACAAGUGUAACUAGCCGCUAGUGAUUGCCUAGUUAGCACCAAACUAUUAAUAAUGCAUACAAGUGAAAAUAUAAAAUAAUACUACACCGUCUGAUGUUUUCAUGGUGUUGAAAUAAAUUUGUAAUAUCCCCUUUGAUAAGAUAUUUUGCGAUAUAAGAUAUUUUUGUCUUAUUUAGGAUGACAAUCGCAGUCAAACUUUGAGUAAUUUUUAAAUUUUUAUUUAAUUAAAUUUCUCAUAUUGAUGGUUUAUGUUGAACUGAAUAUAAAUUUAUCUACAACCGUAUUAAAGUUGAUAACCACCCAGCAAAUUAACACCGAAAUGUUGAAAUUCCAGCAUACGUUGUUCACUUUUUGCCCU